AUGUCGGGCAGCGAACCUGAGCGCAAGCGGCAGCGGGUCUCGGAGCAGGAGACCCCGAUGAUAAUGGACGUCAACUCCCCUGCGAAGUGGGACUUCUUGGCAUCAUGGUGCGAAGAGCUCAACGGCCAAGUGACGGCGAUCCACAACAACGUCAUUCGUGUGCUGGGCCCCCGUCGAAAACGCGAGAAACCAUUUCGCUUCGACGGCGAAGACCGAUCGAUCGGAGACGAACAAGAAGACGAAGGUGAUGAAGAUGAUGAUAGCGACGAGGAAGGUGACGAUGUGCUUGUACUCCCCCCUGAUGCACUAAAACGAGAACGACGUCAAGAGCGACAGAGUUAUCUCUUGCCGCGCUUCGACUUCGUCUCGUUGACUGGAGUUCCUCGCCUUCCUGACCCAAAGGAGUCUCCCACGCAAGAGUGGGAGAAACUCUUCCUGGCUGAGGCUCCGCAGUAUCAACCUGGCGAGGAAUACAAGAAGGCGAGAGCGCGUAUUUUAGAAAUGCAGUCGAAAGCUCGACCACGAGUCCCUUCAUGUCUAGAGAUUCCUGUAUCGCUCGAGUUUGGUAACUGGUCACAAAGUGCCGACCAACUUGCUGAAGAUCUCAAAGAUGUCGGCACGCUACUGCAAAAGAUGAAGAAUCGCGCGGACUCACUCGACUCGAUGUCAAAGCAGGACGAAAACUGUGCUGACAGUGCCGGGACCUUCAUCUACCGCUUGGUAGAGCUGUCCAUCACCGAGACAAUGUGA